AUGGCGGGUACAGUCAAAAAAACAGAUUUGGGAUUACUGGAAGAAGACGAUGAAUUUGAAGAGUUUCCCACUGAAGGUACAUAUAGUACGAGUUUUGAGGGUCAGAUUUCCGUAAAACAUUGCUCAACACGUUUUCAUGUACAUAGAAAAAAGAAAGAAUGCAACACUGAUACUGAACAUGUGCUUUCACAGGGAUACGCAGGUCAGCCUUUUAAGUGCCAUGUCAUUGUCACGUUUGUCACCUUUUAGGUCAGAGACUUUAUUUUGAAAGUAAAAUAUCCCCAAAAUUUCCCCUGUCAUUGGGUCGGUUGUUAAUUUAUCGGUCCAUUAUUUUGGCUGUUGUGGCAAGUGUUAGGGAUGGAUGAUGUACCUCAUACCAAAUUUAGGUUUAUUAGACUAUGUAAUCUAGAAUUUUCCUGUUUGAACACUAAGACUUAUUUUUAUUUUAGUUUGUCGAAGUCAUGAUUUCAUCCUUUUAUUUCCUUCCACUUGAGACAAUAAGGUUUUUUCAACACACAUACUUUUCACUACAGAAAAUCUUUGUAUAAGCUUACUUAAAAAUUAAAUAUAAUUACCAGCUGCCAGGAUUAUAUUUUAUUAUUUUAAUUGAUGAAGACAUCAAGGGUGCCAAAGGCUCAUUUCAAGGAAGGGAGGAAAAGAUUUCAUUUCUUCCCUGUUAAUAGAGUGGACAGCUGGAGAUGAAGACCAAGCUGAUAUUCAUGUGUGGGAGGACAACUGGGAUGAUGAUACUGUAGAGGAUGACUUCUCAAAUCAGCUGAGGUAUGUACAAAUACAAAUAAAUGAGCAUCAGCAUCAUUCAGUAGUCACUACUUAAACCUUAAAAUAGACACUUCUUAAAGGGGCUGUGUCAUGGGAGUCCAGUUCAUUUUGUUUAAUUUUGCCAAUUACUCACCCUCAAUCGCUAUUAAAGUAAGCAAAGAAAUUACAGGUAAAUGACAAAAUCAGAGAUCUGAGAGAAACAAAAAUGUCUCCUGAACGUUAUUUUUGAAGUUGCAAGCAGCAGGGAUCAACUUUGAAAAACUGUUAGGCUGAACAGUUUUCAAAAACCCUAAUUUCAAUCCGUUUCAGUCUUCCUCAGUUUUGCCCAUCAGUGGCAUCUGUUGUUUCUGUUAUGUUAUUUUAACCUUCCUUUAAAGUUUUAAGCAUUUAUUUUUAUGUUUUUCUUCAUUCAACAACUUAAUCGCUUAACUAUGUAGUCCAAGAUAAAAUACACAGUCUUUGGCAGUAAAUGGGACUAAAGGUUGUUGGGUGCACCCCGGGGUAAAACAAGGGUGGCAGCAACACACCCCAUAAAGUGCAUGCAAUAAGGGUGGCAGCGACACACCCUAGUAAUAUACGUAAUGGAUUGAGGGUGGCAGCGACACACCCUAGUAAUAUACGUAAUGGAAUGAGGGAGGCAGCAAGACACCCUAGCAAUGAGCAGUGCAGUGAGGGUGGCAGCGACACACCCUGCAUGGUAAUGGACAAGGCAACGAGUGGAGCGUAUCCCCACCCAGGAGUGAAUAAACUAAGGUGGGGUGGGGGCCCCACCCAGCCUGCUACGUGGAGGUAAAAGUAGGAGGUGUGCACCCAAGCCAGUAGUCCAGCUUUAUUAAAUUGAGGGCAGGUGUGGUAGGGAAAAAUAAGAAACUAAUGCGUAGUAAACUACUAUUGGAAAAUACAACGCGUGCACGCAAAGUGAACAAAACAAAGGAGCACUCAGCUAGCAUUGAUGGAUAUAAGCAUAACAUAGUAUUGAUUACAGCUACUAACAAUGAAAACUUGUUACCACAGAAGUUUUUAGAAACAACUGAAGGUCAGUUAUUGAUGUAACAUAAGAUAAACAAGGAGCUCUUGAACCAGAGCUGAGUCACGCAAUGUUCUUUUAUGUGCGAUAGCAACAUAUUUGCCACCCAGGGCAAAGUAAAUCAUAAUGAAACAAUGGCUGAAGUAUGCUCUAAUUAGUUAACUCUAUUUUACAGGUAAAAUGUCCAUUAACAGGCAUUUUGUAAUUUCCUAAUUUGGCUGAAUUUUGUGACACAGCUCCUUUAACUAAAAAAUAUAUCACAUAUCAGUCUCUGAGUGACCUGAACCCAUCCAUUCACACCUUAAACACAGUCAUGUACCAGACUGCGAGUUUUGACUUCGUCAGUUUUAACGUUGAAGUAGCCCUGGUAAGGUACUUGCCUUGAUUUCGUCGGUUUCCUUUAUUUUCAGGGCAGAAUUGGAAAAGCAUGGGCACAAACUGGAUCAACCAGAACCAAUGAAGAGCUGA